AGAUGCGGUGGCAAACGAUUCGACUAAUUUCCAUUUAUGCUGCACUCUCUGCAAUUACCAAUUUUCCAUCUGGAUUUACGAACUCUUCUGUUAACACAGCUGUCGAGAAGCUUCACAAAUUCAUCGCGACUUCUCUUCGUCAGCCCGGCGUGCCGGACGAUGAAAAUACGAUUGCUCUGUUCCAGUCUGCAACUCUAAAUUGCUGGUUUGUCGCUCAAAUCUUCGGAGCAAUAAUGACACCAAUGAUUUCCGAUGGAUAUGGAAGAAAGUUCGGCUACAUCGUCUGCGUCACCACAACAAUCUUCGCGACGUUCGUUCAAUAUUUCUCAAUAUGCUUCUACAUGCCGUGGGGAUUAAUUCUCGGACGAUCCCUGACAGCUCUUGUAUCCCCGCUCGGCGACGCGUGUCUUUUGUUGUACGUCCAAGAAACGUCGCCUCUAGAAAUUCGUGGAAUGUCAUCAUUUUUGUGUGAAAUUGGAUACGGAACGAUGUGUGUUCUCGGAAUGGUUCUUGGAAUGAAGUCAGUGCUGGGCGAAUCGCUGUCACGGCUUCUUCUUCUUUCGUUGAUCCCGCUUUUCUGCUCACUGUGCUUCAUCGUUCGGAUACCAGAGACUCCAAAGUUUUUGAUGAUCAUGAGAAAUGACCGCGAAAAAGCCCUGAAAUCACUGGAAUUCUUCCAAGGAGAGUCAUCAGACAACGCAUAUAUCAUGAGCGAAUAUCAAGCCGAAAAGAUGACUGACAAACUGUCGCAGGAUUCUACAUUUGUUGAUCUACUAUCGAAGUGGCACCUCCGACAAGCAAUGCGUCUGGCACUUGCAACUCUGUCGCUUACUCUCUCCUUCUACCCGAUUCUACAAUCUUCGACGUAUUUCCUGCUGGAAUCCGGAGUUUCUGUUGACAUGGCUCAAAUCUGCUCAACAAUGGCUCAAGUCGUUCUGACGUUGUCCUCAAUCUGUGGAGCAUCUAUCAUUGAUCGAUUUUCGAGACGGAAGCUGCUCAUCACUUUUGGAAUUUUAUCCAACGUGUUGCUCGUGGCAUUCUCAUUCUUCUCUCAUCUAUCCGCCACAGUAGUCUCACCAUAUUCGUGGCCCAAAUACGCGUGUCUGGCGUCUCUUCUUGCCUACUGCAUCUCUUUUGGAAUGGUUCUUGGCCCGUUGUCAUGGUUUGUGGCGCCAGAACUUGUCAGUCAACGUCAUCGCUGUACAAUUUUCUCGGCUUGUUUCGCUAUUCACAAUCUUCUCAUCGCGCUCACGGAUUUCGCUACGAUUCCACUUUUCCGUAUCUUCGGCAGCAUGUGUUUCGUGUUCCUGUUCGUUGUACCGUCGUUCUUCUGUCUCUGCUACAUCUACCUGUUCAUGCCGGAAACGCUCGGAAAAUCCACGUUGGACAUCAUUCACGAGAUGAUUGAUCGUGGACUGCACGGAUCGGAGCAUCAUCUCGUCAAUUUGGACACACCAACUCUUCAGAUCCGGCCGAGAAUGUUCUCGUCGAACUCGGACGGACAUCUUCGAAUUUACUAAAUUUAUUAAUUUUUUAUCCCAUCCCUCACCCCUCAGAUUAGUUUUUUUGAUUGCUGUUUCAUGUUGAAACUUACUAGCUUUUACUUCUGAUUUAUCGCUUCUUCCUGUGAAUGAUAUUUUUAAAUGCACCCUGAAAAUUAUACUGAUCUCUAUUUACUAAAUAUGAACAUUUUAAUAUU